CGAUUUCGAGCAGUGUUUUUAUACGUAAUUGCAUUUCUAUUAAGAAUACAGAUAAAUAAUUUUGUAUCACAAUGAACAAUACUUUACCAGCUCAGCCCAUUGGGAUCCAAAGCACAGCUGGUGCAGUGCCUGUUCGAAAUGAAAAAGGCGAAAUUUCUAUGCAAAAAGUGAAAGUCCAAAGGUACAUAUCAGGAAAAAAGCCAGACUAUGCCCAAGGGGUGUCAUCAUCAGAAGAUUCUGAUAUCGAAGACUUUAUAGAGCAGCAGCGACCUGAGCGGAGGCAGACACUGCCAGUGGUUAUCAGUAGGAAGGAGGAGGAGCACAGUGAUUCUGAGAAAGAGGUGGAUGACCCGCGUUUGCGGCGUCUCCGUCAAGCAGUGCACUCGCCUCGCCGACGCGAAGAGCAUGAGCCAGAAAUCAUUGACGCUGAACCUGAACCAGAGUCAGAAUCCAGCGCGCAUGAAGCAAGGGACAGCUCUGAGAGUGAAGAUGAUUUGGAUGAAGAGGAAAUCGAGAGAAGACGACAGGCACUUAAAGCCAAACUUGCAGCUAGAGAGGCUGAGAAAGAAGCCCUAGGCCAUGAUGAUGAUGAGGAAAUGUUGGAUGGGGACAAAGAGGAUAGUGGCUCAUCAGAUACAGAGUACACUGACAGUGAAGAGGACACAGGUCCCCGAGUGAAGCCUGUAUUCGUACGCGCAUCGGAACGUAUGACUGUCGCUGAACGAGAGCGGAAGCUGAAACAACAGAAGCGCGAAGAGGCAGACGCUAGGAAGGAGAAGGAGGAACGGAGGCGUGAAGCGUUAAAGCUCGUUGAGGAGACCAUAAGAGCUGAACAAAGGGCCACACAGGGCGAACAAAAAGACGGCAACAUAGAAGACGUGUGUACAGAUGAUGAAAAUGAUGAGCUCGAGUAUGAAGCGUGGAAGCUGCGCGAGAUGAAGAGAGUCAAACGUGACAAGGAGGAACGAGAAGCCGCGGAGAAGGAGCUGGUGGCGAUGGAGCGCCUGCGCAACAUGAGCGAGGAGGAGCGGCGCGCCGAGCUGCGCCUGCGCCCCAAGGUGCUCACCAACAAGCCCGUCAAGGGCAAGUACAAGUUCCUGCAGAAGUACUACCACAGAGGUGCAUUCUACUUGGACAAGGAGGAGGAAGUUUUCAAGCAGGACUUCUCUGGACCCACAUUGGACGAUCACUUCGACAAGACUGUGCUGCCUAAGGUGAUGCAAGUGAAGAAGUUCGGUCGUUCCGGUCGCACCAAGUACACGCACUUGGUGGACCAAGACACCACCGAGUUCGACUCAGCGUGGAGCAGCGAGACAGCCGCCUCGAGGCUCAACAACUUCCGAGGCGGCAUGAAGCAGGUGUUCGAAAGACCUUCUGCCAGGAGAAACCACAACGUUUGAUACUUUAACAAUGAAGAGAUAUAGCAUUUCAAUAAUGGAUAUAGUAAGGAACACAACGUGUUGUGCAGUUCUGUGUUGAAAUAAAAGAAAUACGAGUGCUAAAAUGUUAUAAAACAUUCAUAAUAUGCCAAUUAUUUAUGAGUAACUGUCUUGUUUUCAGUAGUGUGAUAUAUACCAUACCUUUCUAAAAUCAUGU